CACACCCUUUCGACGAUUCGACAUCGGCCAUCUUCUUUUACUCGACCAGCAUCCAAAGCUUUCCUGUCCUACUCAGUUCCCUCGAUGUCCGUCUUCAACUCGUCCAGAUUGCUCGGCAAGACUGUUCUCCUUACAGGAGCCAGUGCAGGUAUCGGUGCUGCUACCGCCAUCCUGUUUGCUAGGGCAGGUUCCAACUUGAUCCUCCUCGCCCGCCGAACGGACGCCUUGAAGACCGUCGCCGAAGCCGCAGCCGCCGCGCACAAAGAAUCCGGUGCUACCCAAGGUGGAAAAAUCGCUACCAUCCAGUUUGAUGUCGCAGACAAGGCACAGGUCGCUUCACUAUUCGACAAGAUCCCACAGGACCUCCGUAACAUCGAUAUCCUCGUGAACAAUGCUGGAUUUGUGCACGGUGUGGACAAAGUCGGAUCUAUCGCAGAUGCUGAUAUCGAGGCGAUGUUUGCCACCAACGUGCUCGGUCUGAUCUCCAUCACACAACUUCUCGUCAGACAUUUCAAGGAGAGAAAUGCCGGGCACGUCAUCAACCUUGGUUCCGUUGCUGGUCGUGAGCCGUACCAAGGAGGAAGCAUCUACUGCGCCACCAAGCAUGCUGUCAGGUCCUUCGGCACCUCUUUGAUGAAGGAGCUCUACGACACCCCCAUCCGAGUCAGCGAGGUCCAACCAGGCUUGGUUGAGACCGAAUUCUCCGUUGUUCGCUUCCGUGGGGACAAGUCUGCAGCGGACAAAGUUUACCAGGGUCUCGAUCCUUUGACCCCUCAGGACAUCGCCGAAGAGAUCGUCUGGGUCGCCUCUCGUCCACCUCACGUUAACAUCGCCGAGCUUUUCGUCCUACCCGUUAGCCAGGCCAGCCCAACGCUGGUCCACCGUGGAAACUAAUCGGGGAGCUGGAAGCCCAGGCGAGCAGUCUAACAGAAAAGAUGUAUUCUUACCGCACAAUAUUAUCGUGUAUCUGUCUGUCGAUGGAUGAAACAACCAGUGUAGAAUUUACAUUAUCGAGGGAAGUAAAGAGAAUCCAAGACUGUCAUUAUAUAGAUAGAUGAGUAGCAAAACGUGACGAGGGCGUAAACAAACGAGUAAGGAGUGACUAUGGAUAUAAAAUGUACUAAUAUAAGUACUGGAUCAAUUCUUCGCGUUCUUGCCCUUGCCUUUGGGUUUCGGUUUCGGUAAUUCUUGAGCCUCUGGGUCGUUCUCGUAGACAAACUUCUGAAUGACAAUUUCCUCGAGAACGAGUCCAUCAAGAGGUGUCUCUGCGUUCACCAGAUUGCCGAAUUGAUCUAACCGCAAGCCCUUCGCGGCAGCAGCCAACGCGCCCCUCUGCUUCGCCGUUAGCUUCGACGCAUUCUCCGGCGGCUUCGGUGGAUUCUCCUCCUCGAAAUACACCGUAUCAAACAAGAGCUUAUCCCACUUCACCCUCCUCGCUUUCUCCUUCGCCGCCCCUCCCUUCUGCGGUGUCUCCCACUCCUCAUCAUCGCCCGCCCCAAUCCUAUGCUUCAGCGGCAGCCCAUCCGGUCCGAUAUCCACACUCAUGAAACUCAAAUCCCCCAAAUCCGACUGUCCCAUCUCAUCAUCAUCGUCCCCCACUCCCCUCUUCGCUCGUCUCCUCGCAGCCCUCUCCUCCCUCUCCUUCGUCUUCUCCUCUUUCUGCUUAUCCAUGAGUGUCCGAACCUUCGUCGUAGGACUGUCCGGCCUCGCUCCGUCCUUCCGCACGAUCUCCGUCUCCAGACGAGCGGCGAUAUAGUGCUGAUUCUUCGUCGUGUUGUUGGCCGUGAGGUUCUUGAGCGCGACGGCACUCAUGGCGGAGAAACCGGUAGGAUCGAGGAGUGCUUGACGUUGCUGUUUUCGCCGAGGCUGGAGUGGCCGUGUACCCCCAGUCGUGUCGUUGAAUGACUGGCCGGCCACGCCUGAGCGUGUGCUUCGCCGAGCUGAGGUCGAGGCCGAAGUGGCAGAUGAAGAGGCUGGAGGGUCUGCCGUAGGCGGCUCCGGUGACUUGUUCGUUGUUUGUGGUGGUGUUGAUGGCAGAGGAACCUCCUCAGGAAUAGGAGAAGAACUGAUCUCGAUGGGAGAAGGCGAUCUGAAUUCUGGAGCUGGUGGCGACGGCUCCCUGGUAACUUCUGGUACAGGGACCGGAGGAGAGGGUGUUCUUGUUCUCUCACGCUGGGGAAUUGUACUAGUAGGCUGUGCGACGACAGUUUGAGGUCUCCGUGGAGGACCCUCCACCUUCCGCGCCAUCCGUGGCUUCUUUGGGGGACCCUCAUCACUCGGUUUCGUCGAUACAGCCGGCACAGGACUUGGCGCUUUCUCCUUCUUAGGAGCACCCAUAGCACGCCGUGGUGGUAACGCUGACCUGACCUGAGGAGCGGGAAGAGUGGAUUCAAGACGUUUACGCUUGAGCGUGGAUGCCGUGGAGGCUGAGGGUGCAUGGUUCGCAUCGGGGACGUUCGAGGUUACGGUGCGAGAAGAGGAAGGCACAGCUCGUGUAGGCAAGUCUUCGGAGCUGGAUCCACUGGAGUUAUUGGCCUUCAGGCUAUUCGACGUCUGCUUGGCAGCUGGAUUACCGAUCGCCUUUCGCGGAGCCAACAGUUUCGUUGCAGUAGGCUUCGGAUCCACAGGCCUCGCAUAGGGCUUGGCCCCAAUACGCGGAAUCUUGGACGUCACUGUUGGCUGCCGCAGAGUCGACUUUGCCGGACUAGAAGGUGCUGCUGACCGUGCUGCUGGCGCAGGAGCUUUCGCUGGUAUUUGUGCUGGUGCUGGAGGCUGAACAGAAGAAGUCGACGCCUCGUCCUCCUCCAGAAUCACGCCAGGAAGUUUCGACGCGGCGCGAUGCACUCCACCGUUCCGUAGAGGAAACGGAAGUGUAGUGCGCAUCUUCGAAGGACUCGCGGUCUCCGAAUCCGACAAAGACUUCGAAGGCGGCUUGAUCUGGUUGACCCUCGUAUUCUGUGGCUCUGCGGAUCCAAACCGUGGAGCUUUCAGAGGGGAUGCUGGAGGUCGACUGGCCUUAGUUGCCGACGUGAAUUCGGAGGGCUUGACGCGUCGAGCAGGUGUACGGUUCGGAUCGUCCAGAGGGCGAGUAUUCGUGAAAUUUGGAUCAGCAUGGUUCGAGCCUAAAGGCUCCGCCGAACCGAGACGUGGUAACUUCGUGGCGGAGAACGGCAUAUCCUUGACGGGCACACGUCUCGCAGGACUUCGACUUGAUCCUUCGAGUGGCGGAGCGGUGAAUACAGGAACACCGAAGAUUCCUCCUGCACCCGGUACCCUGCCUGGCCGUGCGGCAGUGGGGUGCAGAGGAACUCGUCGAGCUGGGGAAGACAUCCGUGAUGGGCUCGCUGGAGGAUCCGAAGGAUUUGCACCAGAGGGACCUGCUUCUUUGUUGAUCUCUUGCUGAGUCGAAAAGAUCAGAGUGCGCUCGACGUCUUCGGCAGCCCGGACAGGG